CAUUACACAUAUAUAGGGCAGUGGCCCAAGUGGAGUGCAAAAAAAGCAUCAAAAGUAUAGUAUAAAAGGAGUGUGUGAGAGAGAGAAAGAAUGAAUUCGAACGAGAAAGAGCUGGGGCGGCAAGAAGCGACGGGGGCGUGCCCCCAUUGCGGCGGAAAGGUGGCAGCGGUGGACGUCGAGCGCCGCUGGAAGCUCUGCUUUCUGCCCCUUGGUUUUGUAGUCAAGAGGAAAUAUGUCUGCACCAACUGCUCCCGGCGAUUGGUCUUGUAUUCCUAGACAUAUGGAGUAUAUUUAUUCUUCUCUUUUUCUUCAAUUUUUUUUGCAAUUUAAUUUUCUGGAGAUUGUAGGCGGGAACAACUUAUUAUUAUUAUUAUUAUUAUUAUUAUUAUUAUUAUUCAA